AUGGAGAUCGCGCGGCAGCAGACGGUGCGCGCGCUGUGCAACAAGAUCCGGCGCGCCAGCGAGGACCUGGGCAUCGGCAAGCUGCCCAACUCGGCCUACGAGACGUGGCAGUUCACGUCGCAGCUGAAGGUCAAGGAGCUGGACCCGCUGAUCCCGCACGCGGGCAGCGACUACAGCGGCCUCUUCGAGGAGCUGCGCAAGGCCGGCGCCACCAAGUCGGGCGCCACCAAGAAGUGCAAGGAGCUCACGCGCGAGUCGGAGCGGCUGCUGCGCAAGUUCGGCCAGCAGGACUUCGUGGCCGGCAAGAAGAAGAGGGUGCACGUGGCGGCGGCCGAGGACGGCAUGCGCCAGCUCACGUACGGCAACUCGACGGUCAAGCUCAGCGCCGCGCACUUCGCCAAGCUGCGGGAGAUGUACGCGCGCAAGCAGGGGCUGGGCGGCGACGGGUCGAGUAUGGCGCCCAAGGACCAGCGCAGCUUCGAGAGCGCGCUGUUUUGUCUGUUGCUGCGCUACGACUCGCUGGACGGCGGAGGCUUUCAGCAGGCUGCACUGAACGAGGAGUGCUUCGACGUGCUGCUGAAGGAGUUCGACUGCAAGAUGGAGUGCUUCGCGUCGCCUUUGAACUGCCGGUACUCGCGCUUCUGCAGCGCCUUCCUGGACACGGACUGUGCGUUUGGAAGCGUGGGCAGCUUCUUCGACUUUUCGCCGCGUUCCGGAUGCUUCGAAGCUAACCCGCCCUUCAUCCCCAAGGUGAUCAAGCGGAUGGCGGACCACAUGACUGCACUGCUCAACGCUGCGGACGGUCCUUUGGCAUUCAUCGUCAUCAUUCCGGCGUGGCAAGACACUGAGGGAUGGCAACAGCUGAACUCGAGUCGCUAUAACCAAACGCACCUCCUCAUCCCUCAGAAGCAGCACGGCUACUGCGAGGGGAAGCAGCAGAUCAGGAAGACUCGCUGGCGCAUUGCAUCGUUCGACACGAGUGUCUUCUUCUGGCAAAACUCCAAGGCGUGCAACAAGUGGCCAGUGACGGAGAAGAAGCUGGAUAGUCUCAAGAGCGCCUUCAAGUCCAAGCAGGCUGACGAGCGCGAUGCUCUCGGUCUGCGCAAGUCUGGCAAGCGUGUUCGCUCAGCAAAAGACUGA